UCAGAUCGACUUUGGACUCCGCAGCGGACGAGACAAGGCGAGACACUCUAUAUAUAAAUGUGUAUAGUUACUCAUUUCGUACCAGAACUCGAGUCGCGUUUUUCUUUUGGUUUUUGGCCCCCUUCUCGCUUUUUCACACCGAACCAUUCAAUAUUUAUAUUUACGCAAGUGCUUUUCCUUCGCGUCGUGCAUUUUCCUCGUUUGUUUACCUCUGAUUAUCACUGUGUGAGUGUGUUUUGGGAUCUUAUACGAUGGAAUUGCAAAUGUGUGUGUUAGCCGGUGGCUAAAGUUCGAGUUUUGAGUUUCUUUAUUUAGGAGACUGCAACAAUUUGCAAUUGCAAAAUUGAAAGCGACACAUAUUUGUAUGUUUCUUUAAUAAUGCGGCAUUGCUAAUUUGCUGAACAGAUUGCCAAAGACAAAAGCUGAUGGGAGGUGAUUGACUUUAAAGAAAUUCUCACUGUCUCCAGCGAGCGAGAGAGCGUGAGAGAGCAAGAGCGCGGAAUAUAGAGAGCGGACAAAUGAGCCACAGAGAGAGCGCGCGAGAGAGUGGAGCCAAGCACUUUUUCUUGGCGCCGCAACUUCAGUUUGAAUUCGUCGUUCGGUCGGUUCGGUUGUUCGGUUCGCAUUACGCAGUCGAAAGCGAGUGCUCAGUGAGUACCAAGUACUGAGUACUGGAGUGAUUAAGUGCGCAGGCGUCGCGUUCGAGAUGCUGGGAUAACACUAUAUAAUGUGAAAAGUUCAUUUCCCCAAAAAAUAAAAAUAACAACAACAAAAAGCCACAAAAGUCCGGUCUACAAAAUAAAAAGUGUGCAAAAAAUAAAAUGUAGGCAAGUUAAAAGCAAAACACAACAACAACAAAAGCCUAAAAAAGAGAUAAAACUCUGCAAAUACGGGUUUCGUUCUUAUCGCGUUCUUCUCGGUUUUUUGUAUUUUGUUUUUGUAUUUUUUCGCUGCCCAAGUGCUUGACCAUUAAAAGAAGAAAAAAAAAAGAACCUUUUACACACACACACAUACAUACGCGUACAGUGCCAGAUCCUUAAGCCUCAACUUGGCGUUAUUUUUAGACGGUUAACGAAAAAAAAAACAGAAUCUGGGAAAGCCAAGAAACCAAGAAACCGAGAAACCCGCCAGCAGAAAGGCAACAGAAAUGGGCACCAAGUCACCUGGUGGUCCACAGCGCUGCCGUCUGAUCUUGCAGCGCUGUUUGGCCAUUCAGCUGACCAAGCCCGGCCACACGCCCGAGGACUUUUGGAUGUACGACUCGGGAUAUAUGAUAUUUCAGAACUUCCUAGCUGCGAAUGCUCAAUGCUGGUGGAAUGGACCCUUGACUGCUGCCACAAGAGCGUUGAAAUACGCCGGACAUGUGGCACCUGGAAUGCUGCUGGUUACAGCUGAACCCUGCGCCCUGGAGGUUCUGCGAGGAGCCUUUGCCCGCAGCGUCCUGAAACCGCCAGCCACCUAUGUAAUCAGUUCAGUGGGUGACAUUGACGAUUGCAUUGUGACGCCAACGGUUCAGGGACAGUUCACUCCACUUCCAGAGGCACUCUGCGAUGUGAUCAUGGACCUCACAGCGGAGGGUCAAUCGGCCACCAUUGAGCAUGUACGCGGCAAAUUAGGUGCCAGAUUUCCACACAUGACCACACCUGCCACGGAGGUUAUCUACGACUCCCUCGCCCAGCUAAUGCAGGAGCAGAAGAUCUACCAGACCUCCAAGGGUUACUUCAUCUUCACGCCAGAACGCCGACGCAGUCGAUCAAGGCCGCGCAGUAAUCACCACCAACUAAAUGGAAGCCUGGCCUAUGGUCAUUUGGCGGAGGAGGAGCAGCAGCAUGGCGACGAUGUGGUUCCCCAGGAAGCUCGCACCAUGCUGAUGUCCAACUCCGAGGCCUUGCACUCACUCUAUGGCGAAAUAUCAACGGAGCGGGACGGUGACCUCACCCACCAGUGCAUCCAAACGAAUCUGGCGGAUGUCAUUUGUGGCGGCAAUCCCAAUGACAAGAUCAUCUAUCCAAGGGCGGCGAAGCGACGUAGUGCAUCGUUUCCAACGCCGCGCAGCUUGGAACGCCGGCACAGUUUGCGGCUCUUUGGCUCAUCGAAGCGCCUGCAACGCUGCGCCUCCACGCGAAGUCUGUCCAAGACCUACGCCCAAACGUUAAACACCACGGACAGCAGCAGUUCGGAAUACCAAAGCACAGAUUCGUCAUCACCCAAAAAAGGAUCUUUGCUCUCACGCCUGUUCCGACGCAGCGGUCGAGCCAAGCAGCGACAAAUUGAAACCUAUUCGGCCCAAUUUCCUCCAGCCGAAUGGUUCAACACCAGAGCCGUUCACCUGCACAGCGUGGGCACCCAAACGGCGGAGCACGACAUGCCCGUAGCCCAUACGCUGUCCAACUCGACGUUCUACGACGGCUCAGAGCUUAGCCAGCGCUCCUCAACAUUGCCCCGUCGCCAUCGACGCCACAUGUCAAGCGAGUCGACGUUUCUGAUUUCCUCCAGGGACUGCUCGCCCAUACGCCGCCGUUCGCCAGUCUACUGCAGCAGUUCGCUACCUCGUUCCACGCAGUCGAUACCGGCCACCACGGCCAAGACAAAUCACUCCUCCCGUUUGAGUCAUGGAGUACACGGAGGAUCAGUAACACCAACGCCGCCAAAGACGGCACAGAAGUCAGUGAUCGGAAAGCACAUAUUUGAGAGCUCGCCAUCGAGAUCCGCCACGCUGAAAGCGAUGGCGGCCAAACGCCACACGGACGGACUGAUCAUUAAUAGUUGCCUGGACAACAAGGCCACGUAUAGGAGCCUGCAGAGCAGUGGUCCAUCGAGCCUGGAGUCCUGCAAGACCACCUCAAUGCUGGCCAGCGGUCCAUCAAGCAUUGACAGCGGCAAGGUGUCGUUUAGCCAAAAGACCAGCGGUCACUCUAGUCUGGAUUCACAGUGCUCCACCAAUACAGCAGUGAUAGCGCCAUCGUCAAACAGUAAUGGUGGGAGUUCUCGUUCGAUCCUCCUGCUAAAUGGUUCUCCAAGAGGGACACCACGUCAUCAGGCCAUGAGGGCGCGAGUUGCCGAAGCGCAGGCGCAAAGACAAAGAGCCAGUACGCCCAGUCGCAUUCUAGAGGAAAUGAUCUAUCCCCCAGGUGGAAGCAAUGGAGUUCCCACUUCCAGUAGCAAUAAUUCCAUUACACUGCAGGUGACCACCUCGAAUGGAAAUCAAAGUAUCCCAAGCACAAAGAUCUUUGUUCAGAACUCACCAGUAAGGAGUGUUAUAACCCUGGAGAAUGGCAAGAUGCUGGAGAACUCCAAUGUGUUCAUCAUCAACAAUGAAACGAUGACGAACGAGAAGGGUGAGAUCAUCAAGAAAACCUUAUCCAAACAGACUCAGGCUGCUCCGGUGGCCACGUCAACGCCAGUUAAGCAGGAAACUGUUUCCGAACAGCCACUCAGCGAAACGGAGGCGAAUUCUGAGACCUGCGAUUCCAUAUCCUUUAUCAGUGAGAGUUCGCCGGAGAACACGUGUGCCGUGGAACCGGAGACUCCUAUUUAUGAUGGAGGAAAGUAUGCUAAGAACACAAAUAACGAUGCCACCAUGAACAACAGUCGGAAACUGUGCCUCCAGCUGGCCAAUGGCAUUGCCUAUAAGAACAAUGUGCUGAAGAAUGAAUCCCAACCAAAUUCACCAAGUGCAGAUGCUCCUCUGAAACUGGCAGCGUUGGCCAAGCAGGAUUUUGAGAUUGCUGGCUCGGUGGGCAACCUGCAUUUCUACGAGAAGAGUUCCAAGGAUGUGGGUGCCUCACAGAGCAACAAUAUGAUGAUGAACAGCAGUACCGACCUCAAGAAUCUGUGCUAUGAGUCAGUGUGUCAGCUGCAAAAGUGUUCCAUGAAUGGCGAUGAACUGGCAUUGGCUCAUCUGCUCCGCAAGUCAAGUAAUCCUUUGGGAAGUGAGCCCAAUUUGGCUCUUAAAGAUUUGGCUAAUGAUAAAUCCAUUGAUAAAGAAGCCAUCGACAGGCGUCUUAGCUUGACCAAGGAAUCUUUGGAGCAGGGAAUGGGCAAUGUCUUAGCCAAUGGCGGUGAGGAGCUGUAUAACUUUCCCAGUCUGACCGAUCUGUCCUUCAACUUUACAUCACUGGCGGCGAGAAAGAUCCUUCAAGGUGUAAGCCUAAACAGCAUUGAUACCCUGGUGGAACUCAAUUUGGCAGCAGCGGCGGCAGCGGUGGCAAGUAAUGCGCAGGAAAAGCAGCAGAAUAACCAGCCGGCGGCGGCAGGACCAACGGCAUCCGUUUGCACUGACUUUGGAAUGGUCUAAAACAGAGGCAGACGCCUCCGCCCCAACAGAGAUCAUCGCUGUGGGUAUCCCGGAGAGCCUCUUAGCCUCUUAGUUUAAUCAAAACGAAACAAAACAAAAAAAAACAAGAUCAUAGGGUCUAGAUAGGAGUUAUCUCUACUCUACGCAUUUGGCAAGCAAUCUUAUGUAAUUUAUUACAAUUUGAUUUCCUCCUCCCCCCACCCCAUUCGAUAGCAGCAAUUUUUGUAUGUAUUUUCUUUAGGGUUUUUUCUUAUCCGGAAGCAAACUUUUAUUUACAGUGCCAAAAUACGUUUAGAUUAAUUUUAAUGUUUAUUAUUUUGAUAUAUCCUGUAACCGAUAUAUGCCAGUUCGUAUUUCGCUUUCGACCACAGAGACACAACCGCCAAGCGGCCAACUUCUGUUUAAGCCAAUUCGAUUUAUGUAAAAAUCCAUAAAAAAAAAUACAAAACAAAAUACUAUGUGUUAUCCUUACUUUUUGUGUACAUUAUUCAAAAUAAUUGUUUAUACUAACAAAGCCCAAAAUGCAAUCCUAUCUACUAUAUGCAGAGACAACCGAGAUGUACUACGAACAUAGAAUUUAGCACUUAAACAGAAAUACAAUAAUUUUGUACAAGGCCUUAAUUAGUAAAGUCAGCAAUAAUACUAAAUAAGUUGAAUCACUAAUAAAAACGAUAUAAACGAGUAAA